ACAUCCUGACCAGAGUUCUUAUGUGUUUUGCUUGUUUAGUGUUGGUCAGGACGUGAGCUGGGUGGGAAUUCUAUGUUGUGUGUCUAGUUCGUCUGUUUCUGUGUUCAGCCUAAUAUGGUUCUCAAUCAGAGACAGCUGUCAAUCGUUGUCCCUGAUUGAGAAUCAUAUAUAGGUGGCUUGUUUUGUGUUGGGGAUUGUGGGUGGUUGUUUCCUGUCUCUGUGUUUGUAUUCUGCACCAGAUAGGUCUGUAUCGGUUUGCCAGUUUUGUUAUUUUGUAUUUGUUUAGUGUUCACUGUAGUUUUUGUUAAUUAAACAUGUUGAGCACUGGCUACGCUGCGUGUUGGUUCGAUCCCUGUUUCACCCCCUCUUCUAGUGAAGAGAGGGAAGGCCGCCGUUACACAUACUCACACAUAUUCACAUAUAUUCGUCUUAUUUUCAGCACUUUGACAUUCUAUUAAAAGCGCUAUAGAAAUGUUAUUUAUUAUUAUAAUAAAAUUCAUUUGUUAAAUCCGUGAAAUAUUAGAAGAGGAGAAAUGUGUGCAAUAGGGUUUUGAGACGGUGGUCCUAUAUAUCGACCCUAAUGAUCCUCACUAAUCAAGGAACUGUAUUGACAACGAUCCAGUUGUGGUGAACCGUGCGCCUGGUUCCAGGUUUAACUGCUGGGUAUGGUCCAGUCGUGGUGAACCGUGCGCCUGGUUCCAGGUUUAACUGCUGGGUAUGGUCCAGUCGUGGUGAACCGUGCGCCUGGUUCCAGGUUUAACUGCUGGGUAUGAUCCAGUCAUGGUGAACCGUGCGCCUGGUUCCAGGUUUAACUACUGGGUAUGGUCCAGUCGUGGUGAACCGUGCGCCUGGUUCCAGGUUUAACUACUGGGUAUGGUCUGCGUUACAUAAUGAUUCAAAUAGGCAAGUUAUUGCACAACUUGUAAUAUAUUAGCCUAAAAUGAUCCACUUUUUCUAGCGAUCGUCAGGAACAACCACAUGAACGUAACAGAGGAAAACAAAGAUAAACUAACGAUGUAAAGACUAAAACUAAAGUCAGUGACAGUUGUAAAUGUAUCUGGGUAUAACUGACGGGGGCUACCAAUAGUGACUAAUAUUUAACACAAUACAAAUGGUAAAAGUGAAAAGUCUGGGAAUAUAAUGAAAACAUUCUAGAAAUCAUAAAUCAACUCGGUAGGUUUGGAGCUAUUCUAUCAUAUGCACAUGGCUAGAGUUUAUGGUAUUCAAACUAUGCAUGUCCUAUUCAUCUCGGAUAUUAUAGCAGACACAAGAUAGUAUAGCUUGGGUCUACCAAAUAUCAUCCCAGGUUAUAAGGCCAGCAUUCCAUUAACUUCACUGUGGAAAAAGUGUUGAUAUGCUUCAGUUUGCUGCCAUAUGACCUGUUUCCCAUUUGUCUCCAGUGAUCAUAAGGUAAUAUAGAUCUAAAAUAAGUGCCAUGUAUAUUUACAAUCCCUCUUAUUCAAACGUCUUACUCAUUCAGCUAGAUCCUAUCAAUAGACCUUAUCACUUAGUAAAUUACAGAAAUAACACCAUUCUCCAUGCACUAUCAGAAAUAACACCAUUCUCCAUGCACUAUCAGAAAUAACACCAUUCUCCAUGCACUAUCGGAAAUAACACCAUUAUCCAUGUACUAUCGGAAAUAACACCAUUCUCCAUGUACUAUCGGAAAUAACACCAUUCUCCAUGCACUAUCGGAAAUAACACCAUUCUCCAUGCACUAUCAUAAAUAACACCAUUCUCCAUGCACUAUCAGAAAUAACACCAUUCUCCAUGUACUAUCGGAAAUAACUCCAUUCUCCAUGCACUAUCGGAAAUGACACCAUUCUCCACGCACUAUCUGAAAUGACACCAUUCUCCAUGCACUAUCAGAAAUAACACCAUUCUCCAUGCACUAUCAGAAAUAACACCAUUCUCCAUGCACUAUCAGAAAUAACACCAUUCUCCACGCACUAUCUGAAAUGACACCAUUCUCCAUGCACUAUCAGAAAUAACACCAUUCUCCAUGCACUAUCGGAAAUAACACCAUUUGGAACCGACAGGUUGCUCAACCUUAUUCACGGUUUCCUUCACGUGUAAAAGGUGUGGUGGAAUUAUGAGGGAAUGAAGUCAAGGUCAGGAUAUGGUGUAUCUGCAGACACAUAACUAGUGAAUAGCAGGCUAUUCUCAUGCUGAAGUUCAGGGUCAGAAUACGGAUAGAGAGAAAAGUUGGGUGAGCCCUAUCUGUGCAUGUAACUGUGUAUGUGUGUUUGUUUGUUUGUGUGUGGUGUGUGGUGUGUGUGUUAUAUCUGUCUCAUAUAUGUCUGUGGGACGUGGAAGUCUAAAUGAACCAACUUAUAAAUCAAAUCAAAACAAACCGAACAAGCAGAACAAAACUUCCCUACAUAGUACACUACUUUUUACAAUAGCCCUAUGGGUAGUGCACUAUAAAGGGAAUAGGGUGCUAUGUAAGAUGCAUGGAUAGAUUCACAGACGGUAAGCAGGAGGCUGAGUGAGAAGAGAAUGUGUAGGCGUCAUCCUUCCGGUGUUCUAUGCAUUCUAGAAUUAGUUUAAAAAAAGAACAUCUCUCUCUUCCUUUCACUCUCUAUCCUCUCUCUCGUCCUUUGCUUCUCUGUCUUCUUCUCUCACCACUCUCUCUGCCUCCCUCGCUUUUUUCACUAGAGAGAUAGAGAGAGAGGCUUAGAGGAGUGGGUGUGAUGUACAGUAAAACACAGUGUAACCACCGGGAAGCCAGUUGUCCUUUUACUGUGGUUAGAUAUGCUGACAACACAGACACUCACUCACAGAGUUUUUCACUCUCGCUCUGCCCUCGUUUUGUCGUUUCCCUAGAUCUCUCCAUUCGCUCCCCUUCUCUCCUCACCUGUUCAACUUGGUUAAUGAGGGACUAACAAUAGAGAUUAAACACAGGCACACACGCGAUUAGACUCGCUCACUGUACAGUGGAAGAACCGAAGGCCUCAGGUUCUUAGUUCAGUUGACGUGGGACGUCGAUGCAUUUCAACAGGUCAGGAAACCAUUUUUGGAGUGAACAAUCCCUUUAAGUUUCAGUGCUGCUAUUGCCUGUGAGCUGUAUUGGGCGAUAGGAAGCCAUGAGGUUAGACAGGGUUGCAGAUGACAGUUCCUCACUCUUUCGUUUCUCACCAUUCCAUCUCUCCCUCGUUCCAUUUAGUUCCCCCCAUCUCUCUCUCGUUCCAUUUAGUUCUCUCUCUCUAACCCCUUAAAACACACACAAUGGAACAGAUUAGGGAUGGACUGCCUGACCUCACUGAAAAAAAAAACACUUUACACACACAGAGACAGAGACAGAGACAGAGACAGAGACAGAGACAGAGACAGAGACAGAGACAGAGACAGAGACAGAGACAGAGACAGAGACAGAGAGACAGAGAGACAGAGAGACAGAGAGACAGAGAGAGAGAGACAGAGAGACAGAGAGACAGAGAGAGAGAGAGAGAGAGAGAGAGAGAGAGAGAGAGAGAGAGAGAGAGAGAGAGAGAGAGAGAGAGAGAGAGACCAAGGAGGGUCUACAGCAGCACCUAGAUCAGGGUUCGUCAACUAGGUUUGGCCUCGGGCCAAAUUGUUUCUGAGCUAAUAGUCGGCGGGCCAGAACAUAAUUAGCAUAUCAUUUUAUCACAAUUAAUAGGCCUACACUACAAAUGUAACAUAUUUAACACAUCUGAUUAGUACAUAAUACGUUCAGUGACAAUAAGAUAAUCAUUUUGAUCUGAUUAUGCUCAUAAAAUCCCCCAUGUCUCUAUUCAAUUAUUAUUUAUGUCUAUUUCUCUGUGUGUUGAUUGGUGGAGAAAAAACAGGUCUGCGUAGCCUACUGUAGGCUACACUACUUUAUUAAUGUCAACAUUCAUUCAGAACAAUUGACUUGAUAGCGAGAGAAAAUGUCACUCUCAAAAAGUAUCGAAAGAAAGGUGGAUAAUGAAAAUGGAAGUUUCAGGGAAGAAUGGCCAGAAUGAUAUCUGCGUUCACCUUACCAUCUUUUCCCACUGCCAAGCCAGUGUGUCUUAUUUGCAAUGAAGAUGUAGCUGUUUGCAAAGAAUUCAAUCUCAGACGUCAUUAUGAAUGUAAGCAUGGAACUUUCAAAGUGGCCUUCCAGCCCCAGACAGAGGCCCUAACUGAAAGAUACACAAAUAGCUUUUUGGGCAGACAUAUUCUGUCACUUAAACGAGCUGAAUCUGCAGUUACAAGGAAGAGGGAAAACAGUGGUGGACAUGGUGUGAAAAGUUGAGGCCUUUACUAGGAAGCUUGAGUUGUUCUAUUUGGACAUGUGAUCUGGCUGAACCCACAGGCAGAGGGACCAGGCCGCAGCGUUGUCACAGAGGUGAUGCAAGAUAUCAUCAAGCAGCUGAGGGACAACUUCUCCACCAGAUUGGAAGACUACAGCGUGCCCAAGGACAUCAUUGUAUUUGUACGUGAUCCUCUCACAGUCCGCCCAGGUGGAGAACUCUCCUUCCUUGCUAAGAAAACGAUAUUCUCGCUGGAUGAGGCCGCAAUUCAAACUGAGCUGAUUGAAUUACAGACAUCGAGCCAAAUCAGGAAUGCGGUCAGGAGUGCCGAGUCAUUGUGUGCGUUGUGGGUGGCAUUACCAGAGGAAAACAGCACAAUAAAGAUACUUGCCUUUACACGUGCUAACAAUGUUGGGAUCAAAUUACACCAGUGAGUCCUCUUUUUCGUCUAUGAACACAAUACAUUUGUAUUUUAUUUAACCAGGCAGGUCAGUUAAGAACACAUUAAUAUUUACAAUGACGGCCUAGGAACAGUGGGUUAACUGCCUUGUUCAGGGGAACAGUGGGUUAACUGCCUUGUUCAGGGGAACAGUGGGUUAACUGCCUUGUUCAGGGGAACAGUGGGUUAACUGCCUUGUUCAGGGGAACAGUGGGUUAACUGCCUUGUUCAGGGGUAGAAUGACAUAUUUUUACCUUGUCAGCUCAGGGAUUCAAUCUAGUAACCUUUCGAUUACUGGCACAACGCUCUAACCACUAGUCUACCUGCCGCCCCUACACUCUAACCACUAGUCUACCUGCCGCUCCUACACUCUAACCACUACUCUACCUGCCGCCUCUACACUCUAACCACUAGUCUACCUGCCGCCCCUACACUCUAACCACUAGUCUACCUGCCGCUCCUACACUCUAACCGCUAGUCUACCUGCCGCCCACACCAGACUCCGGACAGAAACCGGUUUUCACAUAAUUCAAUCAAGGACUGCCUGCGCAUCAAAAUCACAUCCAUCUCACCUGACAUCCACAAGAUUGUGUCCGAGGGGAAAUUCAACUUCUCUCAUUAAGUAACUUAGUGGCCUAUAUGACCGUUUUUAGUAAAUACUAACAUCAUUGUGAGAGGUUGUCCAGGGAUAUUUAGGUCUUAAGCUGACAGUAUGUUCUGUUUGUUCAGCCGUUACAGGAGCAGACUAUCACCAUACAUACAUUCAGACACAGACAUCACCUUUUUUUCUUUAAGUAAUUGUUUUAUGUAGGAUGCUACAUUUUUGACCAGUUGCAAUUCUAAGUAGACCUAAUAAAAAAGAUCUCACUUCGAUUAGGCAAUCUUUUUUCUUUCUUUAAAAGAUGCAGUUAAGCCUCAUAGCCGACCUCAGACAGUUAAGUUAUUUUAUAGGCCUUGGCUCGGAUGAAAUAUACUCAAAUUAAGCCCUCAUUGUUUGUAAAGUCAAAUGAAAAUGAAGAUUAUUGUUGAAAUUAAUUACUCGACUGGUGUAGUUUUUCUCCAUCUGUUGCUGUGCGCCACUUGCAUAACAAGUUAGCUAUAUUUUCAGCACCAGGAGCUGUUCACCUCCUAUUGAUUGUGCUCUAUUUGCAGCUUUACCUUUCAGCACCACAAAGUGGUCCGCUGCCUGUUUUAUUAGUUGUCUGUCUCCUGCAUUCUCUCUCCUCUUGCAGUUCAAGUUCAAAUGCAGGUUUUGCGUUAUUUAGGGAGGGUAACUUCCUUCUUGGGAAAUUGCAUUUGGGACUUGAGAAUUUUUUAUGAUGUAUCUUAAAAAUAAACACAUUUAUAACUAAUUUGGGGGGUUUUGGGGGGCCAAAUAAUAAUGCUGGUGGGCCAGAUUUUGCCGGCGAGCCGCCAGUUGGGGAACCAUGACCUAGAUCUUCUGCACAGAUUCUGCCAGACCUGGGCCCUAACAGUAAAUCUCAGUAAGACAAAAAUAAUGGUGUUCCAAAAAAGGUCCAGUUGCCAGGACCACAAAUACAAAUUCCAUCUAGACAUCGUUGCCCUAGAGCACAGAAAAAACAAUAUAUACCUCGGCCUCAACAUCAGCGCCACAGGUAACUUCCACAAAGCUAUGAACGAUCUGAGAGACAAAAAGGGCCUUCUAUGCCAUCAAAAGGAACAUAAAAUUCGACAAACCAAUUAGGAUCUGGCUAAAAUUAAUUGAUUCAGUUAUAGAACCCAUUGCCCUUUAUGGUUGUGAGGUCUGGUGUCCAAUUGAGACUCUGCAUGCAAAAUUCUGCAAAAAGAUCCUCAGUGUACAAUGUAAAACACCUAAUGAUGCAUGCAGAGCAGAAUUAGGCCGAUAGCCGCUAAUUAUCAAAAUCCAGAAAAGAGCCGGUAAAUUCUACAACCACCUAAAAGGAAGCGAUUCCCAAACCUUCCAUAACAAAGCCAUCACCUACAGAGAGAUGAACCUGGAGAAGAGUCCCCUAAAGCAAGCUGGUCCUGGGGAUCACAGACCGCACAGAGCCCCAGGACAGCAACACAAUUAGACCCAACCAAAUCAUGAGAAAACAAAAAGAGAAUUAUUGACACAUUGAAAAGAAUUAACAACAAAAAAACAGAGCAAACUAGAAUGCUAUUUGGCCCUACACAGAGAGUACACAGUGGCAGAAUACCUGACCACUGUGACUGAACCAAAAUUAAGGAAAUCUUCGACUAUGUACAGACUCAGUGAGCAUAGCCUUGCUAUUGAGAAAGGCCGCCGUAGGCAGACCUGGCUCUCAAGAGAAGACAAGCUAUGUGCACACUGCCCACAAAAUGAGGUGGAAACUGAGCUGCACUUCCUAACCUCCUGCCAAAUGUAUGACCAUAUUAGAGACACGUAUUUCCCUCAGUUUACACAGACCCACAAAGAAAUACCACAGUGUGCCAUCACAGCAUCAAGAUUUGCCACAAGAAAAGGGCAACCGGUGAAGAAUAAACACCAUUGUCAAAAAAAAAAAAUCCCUUUUGUACUUGAUCUAUUUGCACAUCGUUAAAACACUGUAUAUAGACUUAAUGUGACAUUUGAAAUGUCUUUAUUCUUUUGGAACUUUUGUGAGUAAUAUUUACUGUUCAUUUUAUUUGUUUUGUUUAUCUGACUUUUGUUUAUUAUCUAUUUCACUUGUUUUGGCAAUGUUAACAUUUGUUUCCCAUGCCAAUAAAGCCCUUUGACAUGAAUUGAGAGAGAGAGAGAGGAGAGAGAGAGAGAGGAGACAGAGAGAGAGGAAGACCCACUUCAGUUUUUAGGACAAGGAGGAGACUACAUACAGUAUGUGCAUC